GAUCUCUUUUCCGUACAUGUCGCAAACGUUGCGUAUGAUGCAUAAACAGAAAAAAUGAAAGUAACAGAUAGCUAGCAGUCAGUGGCACCUACAACCAGUCAGACAAUGUUUGGUCAUAGUAGUCAUUUAAACACGGUUUACUUUUCAAUUCGCCUUUGUCGCUGUGAAACGUGAAACGUUGUCGCUUGUGGGACGAAUAACUGAGUAAACAAGAAGAGCAGCGUCACUUCGUCAAUUCGUCUAUUCGUCUACAAGCUAGCUGUAUGUGACUAAAUUGAACAUUACUGAUUGCUAAUGCUCAUUGUAUCGUCCAUAAUUUCGGACAAUGAAGCAGAACACGCUGGGCGAAUGCACAUCAACUACGUAUAGCGUUUGCGAUUUUCGUUAAUAAAAUACACAAAUAUAACAAAAGAGGUAGCCAACGUUGGAGAAAAUUCAAAACAUAAUUCAAAAAUCUGUAAUAAAAGUAGUACAAAAUUUAAUUAGUGUACCAACAACGCUCACAGAUAAUCGAAUUUGAUAAGAGCAUAAAAAAAGUUUAUUGAAUGAGGGUGGCACCCAGAACGCCAAACGGACGGAGCACUUAAUUAGUUGGAUUCAAGCUACAGUACCAACAGCAGCAACAUCAAACAUGAAAGAAAAAUUAUUAGAAAAUCUUCGACUUACGGCGCAUUCACAGCGGAAAAAGAAAGCCUAUUAUAAAGGCCUCCACCCAGCUAACGCAUGGUGCCACACCUGGCGAAGCUGCAAUGGUUGCGUCGGCGGCAGCAGCAGUAGCAGCAGCAGCAACAACAACAGAAUCGGCAGCAGUAAUGCAAACAACACCAAGUGGUCGACGUUUUUGUAUAAUCAUUGUUCUGAUCGCGUGUUGCAAUUAACUAUGAUUUCUUUCGCAUUAUUCUUAACUUUGGCGAACGCACAAACCACCGAGCAAGUGCAGAUCGUGCCAAUCGCUGGUGAGUCAACAUUCUUCUACUUUGGUUGCUAUACUGCGCGUACUGACCUCUUGAAGGAAUCAAUUUAUGCAAAGACGCCACGAACUUGUGUCGAAAUAUGUGAAAAUCAAAGGUUUAGCUAUGCUAUUUUAUCUGCGGAACGUUGUUUUUGUACCAAUAAUGUCAUUUCGAAGGAUCGGCUGGACGACAAGCUGUGCAAUACGCGUUGCUUGGCUGACAAGUCGCAGUAUUGUGGCGGUGUUGGUGUACAAAGCUAUUAUUCAACAGUAUGGGCUACAAAGACGGCGCCGCACAAUUUGCGGGUAGACAAUGUAACCGAAAACACAAUUACAAUUGCUUGGGAUGUGCACCUGACCCCCAGCAAAGUGUUUGUGGCCGGCGACGAGGGCGCAGCAAUUAAGAUAGUGAAAGAGAUUACGAAUUUCCUCAUACGUACACAUGUACUUCAUACAUAUUCAACGUUACCCUUUUUCCCGCAACCGGAAUUUAUUGUGCAGGGCAUGGAGACCAGCUUCGAAAUAACUGACCUACAUCCGGCCACGGAAUAUAAUAUAACCGUGGAAGCAAUGUGUUCGCAGGAGAUUUGUGGCAAUGACUUUCUUCUAGCCAUCACCGAAGUUGGUGAACCGAGUCCGCCACCGCCGCAGCCGCGUGUGGUGCGCACAACAGAUGCCUCGAUGACUAUUGAAAUUCCACCGUUGCGUAAUGAUAAUGGACCGUUGUCUAAAGUACUCGUCAUUGUGGAACGCAUAGACGCAUCGUUGAGUCAACCAUUCGAUAUUGAACUUUUAGGCAGUUGGCAAAAGGCACAAGACGAUGGUUUGCCAUAUUACAUCGCCGCACAACUGGAUCAUAAUGGACCGGAGGAUAAUCGGACGAAACAAUUUAUUGUGGGCGAUGGUAAACGCUACGGACCUUACGUGAAUGUGCCGCUAAAUAUGAGUGGUGCUGAUAUUCAUAUAAGUCUCGGUGUGAUCAGUACGAUGAAUGGCAUAACAAAAACUCUGUAUACCCGUGGCUCACAUGAUCAACACACAAUUACUUUGGAUAAUUUCAAAUACGCCACAUUCGAUUCGGGCCUCGCUUCGAUCAUUGCAUUGACCGUCAUCUGUAUAAUAUUUGCCAUUUGUUUGGUGCUCAGUGUGUUUACAUAUUUCUAUUUGCGUUACAAAACAUGCCAGGCGCGAGGCGGCAUGAAUCGUAAUGCACACGAAAUGACCAUGCAACAACCGAUUAUCGAGCGGGAGAAUAAUGGGUUUGUUGUGGAGGAUGAGUUACCCCCUGCUGAGAAUUUCCGCCAGCAACUUGAUGUGCUCAUCUCGGCUUUGGACGCCACCAAGCAUUUACCCCGUAAUGCCCUGCGCAUGAAUGUUAAUGACAUCUUUGCGGAUGGACGUUAUGGUGAGGUAAUUACUGGCAAAUUUAUAUCCACUGCAUUACCGGAAGCUAGCGCCGACUGUCAGCUGCAUGUGCUCGCAUUGGACGAAUUGCAGGGAAAAGAGCAGGCACAUCUAUUACGCGACUUUCGAAAUCUCUCUAAAUUGCAGAGACAUGAGCAUUUGUUAGAUUUCUAUGGCAUCUCAGCUAGCGCUGAUUGGUUUUACUUGGUGUUCGAACAUCAGACUGUAAGUUUGAAACGUCGUCUUAUAGAGAGCAGACGUGUGCCUAGCUCAGCGCCCAUGCAGCGCAUUACUACACUCUCGGAGGAGUUGGUGUUACAGUGGAUUUACGAGAUAGCCAGCGCGCUUGAGUACCUUAGCAGUUGCAAAGUAGUCCACAAGCAGUUGUGUUCACACAAUAUAUUCGUUACAGCAGAUGCCAAAUUGAAAGUGUCCAUUUUUGGUCCGAUACCGUAUGUGCAAAAUGAAAAGAAAAUCGACAUUACACGCUGGCUGGCACCGGAAGCAUUACGUUACCAACAUUUCUCCGUUAAAUCGGAUGUGUGGUCUUUUGCCUGUGUCGCAUGGGAGUGUUGUACUUUGGGUGGCACAUUAUAUGCCAAUAUAAGCAAUACACAACAACUGCUUGACGCAAUUAAGAGCGGUUCACGCCCUGCACAACCGACAUUUGUCUAUCAGGAUUUGUACCAGCUGCUGCUCAACUGCUGGCAGCUAGAGCCAAGUGAACGUAUUAAUUUCGAGGAUAUCGCGUAUAAUGUGCGUCAGCUGAUGACGUCACCGCGGCACGCGCUAUGCUUUGAUCGUGUCGCGGAGCUCCCAGACAACAAUGUGCUCGACACGCUGCCAUAUUAUAUGCCAAUGCUGGAAAUGCUAAACUAAACAAAAGUUUAUGUUUUUUUUUUAAUAUUUAUGUGUGCGAAAAAUAAGUAUAGACAGUUUCUAAAUAUUUAUUAUUACACAAAGAGGACAAAGACAAAAUCUUAAAACCUCAGUAGUGAUCGAAAUAUUUUCUUUGUUUUGUUUAAAUUAAACUACAGUUAAAAUUCUUUAAUUUUGAUUUUGAUUUUGUAGCCCAAUAAGUUAAGUGACUUAUUAAUUUUAAAUAUAUUAGAGAAAAUUAUUGUAAAAUGCAAUACCUAAGCAAGUGUUCUCAUAACGAGAUGCCAGUGUUCCCAUUUGUAAACAUCUUAAGUAUAUGUAUUAUUUAUUUAAAUGUGAAGCCAAAUAAUCCAGCAUACAAAUUGAAUUUUCCAUUAUUGUUUACAUUUAAUAUAUAUGUACAUAUAAUGCAUACAUAUGUAUGUAU